AUGGCAGCGACCGAUUCGGCUGUCCAGGACCCUCUCCUCUCGCUCCGGCGCGCCAUUGCUGCAGGUAACCUCCCAACACCGACGACCUCCUCCGAGCUGUCAGACCAGCAUGCGACAGACAACCUAGCCCAGGCGACACACCUGUUCUUCUCCCAGCCAUCACCCCACACAUUCCCAUUGACUGAGCCCACGCGCUUUGUCUCCAACACGACAGAAACCGCCGUCGAUCUGCGCAGUAUCUUUUUCGCGUGGCAGAAGAAGGAUGUCGCGAUUCCAGAGUACAUCGCCUCUGCACAAGAGUUGAAUGAGGCGCUCAAGCAGAAGGAGCCUCAGGAGGGUGGGAAAGAAGAGGUGAUUCAAAACCUUGUUUUCGUCGAGCGUCUGGACCUCAUCACUUGGUUGGAGGGUGCUUCCGAUGAGAGCGAACACAUCAAGCCACUCGAGGGCGCAGCUGCCGCUGCCGAAGCCGCUGCAGCAGCUGCAGGCCAGGCUCAAGCAGAGGCCGCCGCCGGUGUGGCCUCCGGCGCUGCUGGAGGUAUUUCAACGGUGCCCAGUGGAGCUGCUGCGGCUCCUGGUCAAGCUGGUCGCCCGCAGAAGCAGAUUGAUCCUCGGCUGCAGGAGAUCUACAAUGGGGAGCGCAAGACGGGUGAUCGGAAUACGUUGCUUCGGGGAAUCAAACCAACGGAAUUCUCCCACGUCCGCAAAAGUGCUGCUAUCUUCUUCGACCGCAGCCGUGACCGUCCCGGCCAGCCUGGCGCCAAACCGGGCGUCAAACCCUCCUCAAUGGUGCCCGCACCCUCAGCCGGCCUAUCCAUGCCAUCCCGCAAAUCAAGCUCUCGUCCCGACCCCAUCAUUCUUCUCUCGCCCUCCGCCUCCUCUCUUAUCCGCAUGUCGAACAUCAAGUCUUUCCUACAAGAUGGUGUCUUCGUUCCACCAGAUCACCCAACCCUGAGCACGUCUACCGAGGCCAACUUCAUGGAACUCAAGCGACCACUGCGUCUAAAGAACGACCCCUCCAAUCCUUCUGCCAGUGCUGGCUCAGCCGCCGGCGGUCGUGGACCCAAGCCUACCAAGUUCAUCCUUGUUGAUGGCACAACCAACUUCAAGCCGGAAUACUGGUCACGUCUCGUGGCUGUCUUUACUACCGGACAGACCUGGCAGUUUAAGUCGUACAAGUGGUCUUCACCACCAGAACUCUUUAAACAUGCUACCGGUAUCUAUGUUGGCUGGCGUGGCGAGGACGUCCCCUCUACGGUCAAGGGCUGGGGCCGUGGAGUAGACAGCUUUGCUGUUGAGCGUUGGGAUGAGAAGGGCGGCAUUCACGGUGGUGGCCGCUGGCGGGAUCGCGAAGUUGUCGAGGGUAUCUGGACCGCCAUCGAGGAAGGCAUGAGAAUCCGAGGAUGGGGAUCGAAAUAG